AGCUCGCGGCUUGGUGGAGUCACAGCCGUGAAAGUGGCGGAGGCGGACAUUGUUGUGGUAACAGACCAGCCCCAGAGGAUGAACAGCGAUGAUGCACUUAUUUUGAGCGGAUAAAAUGCGAGAUUGGAUUUUAAUUAGUUUUGUUUGUUUGUUUUUAUCUAAAGAUUAGUCGUUUGUAAAGAAUUGGGGCAGAAAGCCGCUGCACCGUACGGACUCAUCGACACCGGGGAACGGAGUUCAUUCAGCCGAGGCGAGCGGAUCACAGCCUGGUGAGACGAUGCCAGCGACGUGAAAAAUACAACAUCUGCAGGGUGUGCAUCCGACAAGGCUGCUGGAUUAAGCCUCCGUGGAUCGACCGGUUCUUUGUACAUAAAGGCCGACGAAGAGCCCACGGGGCGGCCGUUGCCGUCAGAUACUGAGAGAGGAGGUAAAAUAAGGACAGUUGUAUUCCUGGAGGCCUUUUGAGAACACAGUCUGCCGUUGAGAAGAUGACAGAUUGACAUUAAUGUUAGUUCGCGGCGCUACAUGACCUCAUUAUCAUCUACGGAGAACUAGGUUCAGCACAAAUUAGGGCGUAAGUCACAGCGCCUUGGAGAAAGCCAUCUAAAACAACGAAAAUCACAUGUAUGUGCCAUGAUUUGGCCUCCAGUUCUGUAGUGAUUGCAUAGGCUGACAUCUGGAAAACACUGUAUGCCGAGCAAGAGGAUGAGGAUGUGAUGGCUCUGUGUUAAGCAGUGAAGGACCCAGCUACACCAGCGCUUUUAAUUCAUUCUCAGGUACCUUCUAGGUGUAGGUUUUUUUAAAUAUAAAAAAAUGGGUAGCGACGGUGAGAUAAUAAAUAGAGAGCUGUCAAAGAUGUCUGACGAGGAUUUGCUGGCGUGCUCCAAAGAGGAGCUGGUGAGCCGGCUGCGUAAAGAGGAGUCGGAGAAAAUAUCAGCACUCAUCCAGCGAGGACGGCUGAUAAAAGAGGUAAAUAAACAGCUGCAGGGACAUCUCCACGAAAUCAGGGAACUGAAAGUCAUCAAUCAGCGCCUGCAGGAGGAAAACGUGGAGCUGCGGGACCUGUGCUGCUUCCUUGACGACGACCGACUCAAAGUGAAGAAGCUGGCCAGGGAAUGGCAGCUUUUCGGGCAUCACGCUGCUAAAGUGAUGAGGGAGGACCUGGGCGGUUACUUGAAAAAGCUCGCCGACCUGGAGCGCAUGCAGGACGGACUGGUGAAGGAGAAUUUGGACCUAAAGGAGCUGUGUCUGGUCCUGGAGGAGGAGUGUGUCAGUAGGAGUGACUCCAGCCCCGGAGGGUCCACCGAGCUCAACCUUCCCUGUAUGGUGGCCCGGGACCUUGGGGACGGAAGCUCAAGCACAGGCAGCGUGGGAAGCCCAGACCAGCUCCAUCUGGUGUGCUCACCUGAUGACUGAUGGCCGGUUUAUGUCAGCAGUCAGGGCUUCACCCACUCAAAUACGGAAUCUGUAGACUAGGGGUGAUGUGAUGGACAGAAUGGAGAUACAGAAGCUUUGUCAGACUAUACAAAUCAAUUUGGUGCAAAAGCAUCAGGGCCUUCUGAAUGCUGCAAAUAGUUGUGUGCCACCAGGUUUAGACUUGACAAAGAAUCUACCACUAUUGACAUUUUCAGGACUUUACAAAGACAUUUAAUAGAUGUUUGCCAGAUGAUAAUGUAUCCACAUUUUACAGUAUUUGUUUUCUAAUGAGUCCUCUGUUUUUGGGAAACUCCUUUUUCAAUGGUCUGUUGAAAAAAGAAAUGGGACCAAAAGAAUGGGUCGCAUAAAAAAAAUUAUCUCAUGCACUGGACUAGCCUACACUGGUAGAAGCCUUUUUUCUAUUGCACUGGACAGUGUUAUCAUGGAUCUUUAAAUCACAUCUAAAGAUUCAUUUCAAUCCAGUUUUGAGCCAUAUUUAGUCCACUGAAUUCCAAUAGCACUGAAAUAGAUGAGUUGUGAUAAAAGAAAAAAAUGAAACUAUUUGAUAAUUGCUUUUGCUAGAUGCCCAAUAAUGUGUACUAUUUUAUGCACUCUCUUCCUCAGGACAGGAUUGGAGUGCCAUAUGUGCAUGAUGAUUGUCACAACUUGUACAGGCCUGUUAUCCAGUCUGAUGUGGGCCCUUCAGGUUUACUGUGGGUGGGGCCGCUGUGCAUAAUGUACAUGUGCUAGAGCCGGAGUAUAAAGCCAGCACACAUGUUAGGGUUUGGGAUGAGACAUGGUAGAUGUCCUUGGACCUCACUCAGAGCUGAACUGAACAAGUUCUGUCACUUUUUUAAAAAUCCAACUGGAAACUCUUUGUAUCAAACUGGAAGGUCUACAAGUGUUAAUGAUUUAUAUUCUAUUCAAACAAAGCUGUUGAAAUUCACUUGUAUUACAUUUUUCUUACAUUGUUCUUGAUGUUAAUUAGCAUAUCACAGUUUGUUUAAGUUGACGACGGUCAGCUUUGUCUUCUGUAACUCAUGCUUUGUAUUUACCCCGUUACAUUAACUUUGACCCUUCUUUAUCUUGAUUUAUCUGUAUUAACUAGCAUUAGGCUACUAACCGAUUUCAGUUUAAAUCAUAGAUAAUGCACAUGGAUUAGAAAAGAUUUAUUUUGUUGUUAGCUGUUUAUUGGUGGGCUAUGCUCGUAGUGCAUUGAAGAGCUUUAAAUACAGUGGGUAUGACACUU